AUGUCAAUGCCAAUUUUAUUCAAAAAUUUACCAUCUGAUGGUGGUGAGUUCAAGUUUUUCAUAACUAUUUAUAUUUUUAUAUGUUUCAUUACAGCUGAAAUAAAUCUUCAUGAUAUUUCUCCUACUUCUGAAUCCAAACAGAAAAGUGAAGUUAAAAGUUCACAAGAAAAAUCGAAGAGUUCAUCAAAAACUGAAAAACCAAAUAAUCCAUUAGGCUUAACAACAUCCAGUCGAUAUGAAAAUUCGCUUUUAGAGACGACUCGAAAGUUUAUGAUGCUGAAACAAAUCACUCGAGACAAGGUUUGUUUCAAUUAAACUCAUCGUAUCUUUAUUUUAAUAUGAACCUUAUUUUUAAAGAUUUUGAAUUUGAACGAUGCCGCUGAUUUUCUCGAGGUUCCAAAACGAAGACUCUAUGAUAUAUCAAAUGUUCUUGAAGGAAUAUCAUUUGUGGAAAAAAUAGGGAAAAAUGCGAUUCGCUGGAGAGAUGAAGUACCAGAUCAUAUAAAACAAAAGCAACUCGAACAAGAUGUUGAAGUUCUGGAAGAACAAGAAAAAAACAUUGAUGCAUUUGUGCAUGAUUGUAAAUCACUCUGCAAACUGGUCAAAGAAAAUCCAGUUGAUAUUCCUUAUAUGUGAGUUUUUAAUUUUAUGGAACAACGUAUUCAAAAUUAUGGUUUUUUUUGCAGGUACGUGAGCAAAUCGGAAAUAAGUAAAUUUGAUGAGAAAAACAAAACUUCAACAUUCGUGGUCCGAUCAUCUUGCAAAGAUAUUGAUAUUAAAAUUGAUGAUUAUUCCGAAAGUGGAUCUCAUAUGUUUAUUCGAACCAAAAAUAAGCAACAAUUAGAAGUGUUGUUUUGUGAAAAUCCUGGUGAGAUUUGCCAAUAGUCUUGUAUAAUUUUUAUGCUUUAAUUUUUCAGAAAAUUCGUCGAAAAGCACAACAAAAUGUUCCAAUGAUUCUUCUACGCAGAACAAUCUUAAUUCUGUUGUUUUUCUAUCAAUCGAGAAACCUGCUUCACCACCAAUGAGACCGUGGAACAAUUUAGCGCAGCCUCCAAGUUUGCUCGAUGUAUAUUUAUAA